GAAAGCUUUAACUUAUGGAGGCAUGCCUUCGUCUGCAUUAAAUAGGAAAAUGGAAGAAACUGAUCUACUCCUUAUUGAUGCCAUCACCCAAGUGGAUGCAUUCCAUGAUCAAGAAGAUUAUUAUACUGACUAUGUACAAAAACAGAUCGUUGAUCGGAGGUUAGAAGAACCCUGGUUAGAGAGUGAUAUUCCUAGCAGAAGAAUGGGUAGUAAUGCUGAUACACAGGUUUCUGAAAGGCCAUGGUCAGAGCAAUCUAUAAAAAUUG